AUACUCACAUGCUUCUCCGAUCUCGGCCGUAAGCUCUUCUACUAUCUGCCCUCCGAUUUCAUCUUCGUCUGUAAUUUAGACUGGUGAAAUAUUCAGUGAGAGAUAAUCAUGCCGGACGUGCAUACUCUUGUGAAUGAUUUCGUUAUCAAGCUGAAAAGGCGGAAAAUUGAAGGCUCACAGGCCACGGCUAAGCUGACUGCUGAGUUGCUUCGCUCGGUGAUUUCUUCGCAGCGUGUGCCCUACACGAAUCAAGCUGGAGCCUUGAUUGAUGCUGUGAAUGCUGUUGGGGAGCAGCUCAUUGCUGCAAAUCCUGUGGAGCUCGCUGUGGGUAAUAUUGUGAGGCGGGUUUUGCACAUUAUCAGGGAGGAGGAUCUUUCUCUCACCACAGCUGCUAUGGCUGGGUUGAACAUGUCGACUGUCAGUGAUGAUGAAGAUGAUGGUGACCGCGACAACUAUCCAGUUUUGUCUGCUGCUGUAGUUGCAGCAGCUGCGAGAAGCACACUGCGUCCGCCUUCCUUGCAAACCCUUCUUGAAGACAUACCUGAUGCAGCAGCUAUCCCUCACACAUCUUCAUCUGGUGAUUCUGAAGGAAAAAGCAAAUCUGCUGAUAAAAGUUCUAGAAGCCGGAAGCUGAAACAUGAUGUCAUUGAAGCAGUCAAUGAACUUAUUCAGGAUAUUUGCACUUGCCAUGAACAGAUUGCUGAACAAGCAGUAGAGCACAUUCACCAUAAUGAGGUUAUAUUGACUCUAGGCAGUUCAAAAACAGUUCUGGAAUUUCUUUUUGCUGCAAAGGAGAAAAAAAGAUCAUUUCGGGUAUUUGUUGCAGAGGGGGCUCCAAGGUAUCAGGGGCAUCUUCUUGCAAAAGAAUUGGUUGCCAGAGGUUUACAAACCACGCUGAUUACUGAUUCUGCAGUUUUUGCUAUGAUAUCUCGAGUGAACAUGGUUAUAGUGGGUGCUCAUGCUGUCAUGGCCAAUGGUGGGGUUAUAGCACCAGUUGGGUUGAAUAUGGUUGCACUUGCAGCCCAAAGGCAUGCCGUUCCUUUUGUUGUACUUGCUGGCAGUCACAAGCUGUGCCCUUUGUAUCCACACAACCCGGAAGUCUUGUUGAAUGAGUUAAGAUCCCCUUCUGAGCUGCUGGAUUUUGGAGAAUUCUCAGAUUGCAUGGAUUUUCGAAGUGGCACUGGUUCCCCACUUCUGCAUGUUGUCAAUCCUACAUUUGAUUAUGUGCCGCCAAAGCUUGUUAGUCUAUUUAUCACUGAUACUGGAGGCCAUAAUCCAUCAUACAUGUACCGGCUCAUUGCAGAUUAUUAUUCUGCUGAUGAUUUAGUGGUCCAACGGAGACCUGGUACAGGGAGUUGAGUUCAGCUCCUGUUCUUAUAUCAUAUAUUGGGGAGUACAGAAAGCUAUAAUGGUUUUGGUCGGAUGGAGAGAUUGUGAUAUGAAUUGUUAGUCUUAUGGAACCAUGAAGACCAUUGUUGUUGCUGGUAGUGUACUUGGACAAGAUGCAUAGCGAAGGAGUAAGAUGAGCUGUCAACCUCGGAUGGUACUAAUAGAAGCAAAGAGAGCCAAUUUUGUGUAUCUGGCCACUUAGGAAGUAGAGUUUAUAUUCUUCAAAACAAAGAGUGAAUAGAAUGUGUUUUUUGUGAUAUUAUAAGGACAGUGCGGAAAGGGAUUGUUUUCCAAUUCCAUAGCAGGAUGUCAGAUACUAAAAUGAUGUAUUGCAUGUUUGCUGAUCUUAUCGCAGAUUGUUGGUGGUACGUUCUUUC